GUCGCGCAGAUUGCCGCGCGCAAAGCUCGGUUUUAGCGCAGACUGUGCGUAGAAGCACCAGCCGCUCUCUGCGCCACUGAGACGCUCUCCCUCCCCUCCUCCUGCACCUCGUCAACGGCAACAGCCAUCUGCCGCCUCUUUUAAUUUCAAACCCAGCAGAUUUUCCCACAAACGUCCGGCUUCACUUGACAGAACGCAAACUGCGUUUGACGCUGUGGAGGACAGCUCGCUCUCCGCACGUAUUGCGCUGGAGCAGGAAGACAGCCGGGGGAACAUUUCGCACGCGAGACUCCGUCUGCGGAGACAGGCUGUGGGAAAGACGAAGCGGAUUUGAAUUAAGCACCGGAUAACAGGCAGCAACUCUGCAUCCUUCGGUGAGGGAGGGAGAGGAGGGAGGCAACUGUUUUGUAGCUAUCUUGGAAGCCCUGGGUUAGGAGAGGGGGGAGGAGGAGCGGAGAAUGAGCUAUUCUUGCACCAGCAGAGGCAACAGCCAGGACCCAUCAAGCGCUAAGAAGCCCGCCGGUAGUAAUCCAGCCAGAGACGCCGGAGGCACCGACAGCGGCACAGACAGCACCAGUAACGGCAGCCCCAAGCAGACGGCGGCGAUGAAAGUGAAGAAAGGCUGCAACUCGACCGACGUGGGGGUCCCGGUGACCACCGAGGAGCAACUGCUCGCCAGCACUGUGAUCACUCCGGAGGAUGUUCUUGGCUUGCAGAAGAUCACAGAGAAUUAUUUGUGCAGCCCAGAGGAGAACAUUUACAACAUCGACUUCACCAGGUUCAAGAUCAGAGACAUGGAGACCGGCACAGUGCUGUUUGAAAUCACCAAACCCCCGUCUACAGAUAAAGCAAGUGAGAAGAGGGAUAUUGACCCAAAUGCCGGCCGAUUCGUCCGUUACCAGUUCACCCCUGCGUUUCUCCGACUGCGGCAAGUUGGAGCCACUGUUGAGUUCACAGUCGGAGACAGACCGAUAGAGAAUUUCAGGAUGAUUGAGAGGCACUAUUUCAGAGAGAAGUUGCUCAAGAGUUUUGACUUUGAGUUUGGCUUCUGCAUGCCCAGCAGCAAGAACACCUGUGAACACAUCUAUGAGUUCCCACCUCUGUCUGAAGACAUCAUCAGAGAGAUGAUCCUGCACCCGUAUGAGACGCAGUCGGACAGCUUCUACUUUGUGGACAAUAAGCUGGUGAUGCACAACAAGGCAGACUACUCGUACAAUGGCGGGACGUAGAGGUGGCAAGCUAACAGGAGAGCAAGCGGAGUUAUGGACUAAACCCGAGGGGCGAUCGAAAUACACCGGUGGGGUUAACAUCCUGUUGAUCCUGCAGUCCCUCUCCCUCUAUCUAUCUCUCUCCCUCUUUCUUUUUCCUUCUGAGAGGAUGCCGUCAAGAAAAGGCCCACACAGAUGUGACACUUAUAAUCUGUGAGUGUGUCUGUGUGUUUGUGUGUGUGUAAGCACAUCUGAGUUUAUCAAAGCCUAGCAGGAAGCACACACACACACACACACACUGAUGCACACAGCUCAGUGUGGCGUCGCUGUAACAAAGUGUGUUUGUAACAUGAUAAACUUGCAAGUAAGAAACUUCUUAGGAAUUAUCAAAUGGUUUUUGCUCUCUAGCCACGUCAUGAAGUGAAAAAAGAAAUUAUUGGUAGAACUUAUUUACAUGUUAGGGUUUAGAAACACGUCUGAAAAUGUGUUUUUAGGACUUAAAAACAGUUUUUUGGAAAUCUGUUCUCAGAUUCAGUGAGUCUGUGUGUUUUGUAUGCGUGUGUGUGUUUGUAUGUGCGUGUGUCUACCCUUGCUUUUGGUGUCUUUUGUAUGAUUGUCUGUGUGUAUAAGUUUGAAGCAUGAUUCAUUUAAAUGUCAAUAACGUGAACAUCUGGUUGGCGAAGUUCAAAUAGAUUUCCAAAACCUUUUAGUGCAUAUUCUACAAAGUAGGCAGUAAGUAGUUAUUUUGUAUUUAUAAUUCCCUUCCCUGCCCCUUUAUUCCUUUUAGUUCUCCAGUUAUGUGACCUGUAUUAACCUUAAGACGUUUGUGUUUAUUGUGUCUGCUCAAAGCACAACAUUUUACAACAAUCAGGAAACUUAUAAAGACGAGCUGAGCUGAUAUGAAAUGUACUUUGUCAUCUGUGCAAACUCAACUGUACUUCCAGCCCCAUGUUUUGUUGUUUAGGUGAUAAAGAAAACUUCAGAGAAGUGCAAAUUAUGUGUUUCAAAAGAGACGAAAAGGAAAACUUGGGUUAGCAAAUGUUCAUUUUCACCCUGAAAUGUUCUGCAAAAAAGAAAGGAUGAGGAAUGUAGCAGCAGUUACUUAAAGAACAGGUCACCCUUAAAUCUCGUCCAUUCUGUUGUUUCUUCCUGCAGUCGUUCCCGUCAUGUCUUGUGUGGUGCGAAUAUUUUCUCUUUCUCAGUUUUUUUUUCUUUAGUAUAUUAUUUUCUGUCAAAUUGUUUUCAUUCAGAGACAUUCCAGCAAUUUGGACCCGAGUAUGGUGAUCUAAACACAGGAUUGCUCCAUACUGUAAUAUGCUCACUGUGCUUUUUGUCUGUUUGUGCUGAGACACAGCCUGACUCAAGAGCAACUACAUAGUUUCCUGCAUUUUUUUCCUCAUCACACAUUCAUCACACACAAUUUGAUGCACUAGAGAUUCAUAUUAGUUCAUGUGACUGAUGAUUUUAAUGGAAUGGAAAUUACUCAAAUGUACCUGCUGAGUGUUCAGAUUAACAGAGGAAAUUGUGGACAUGGAUCGAUUCAGACUUACACUGCUUUGUUGAUUUGGUCCUGCACAACAGACAAAGUAUGAAACAUUUAUAAUAGUUGUGAAAUGAACAGGAGGGGACUCAGAUUUGACUUAAUCAGAGAUUAAGCCGAUUAACUUGAAUGUUAUUUAAAAAAUGUUAUACCGAUAUGUAGAACAGAUUUAUAUAUGACUGUGACUCGUGCAAAUUAUUUUGAACUCGGGAAGUUUUUGACAAUACAAAUGUUGGUGUGACUGAAAAAAGUAAAAUAAAGGACUUUUUGAAAUAUCACUGUCUUGCCUGCUUAGUGUGUGUGUGUGUGUGUCUGUUGGGUGAAUGAAGGUGACAUAAGUGACAUUCAAGUAGUGCUUUAUUUCUACAAAAUAGAAGUGGGUCACAAAUCUUGCGCAAUUUGGAAAAAUACACAUUUCUCUGCUGGGAUGUUCUGCCUCCACAUCUUCAGUUUGUCACAUUCUCUUGUAUAAAACAAAAAACAUGGAGAAAACAUGGAAAAUAACCUCUGCAACCGUUACAUCCAGUUCGUAGCCUCUUAUCUCUGUUAUCCUUCAACCAACCUUUUUAUCUGUAAUCACUGUGCAGUCUUGGUAACACUUUCCUGUCAUUUAUUUGUGCGCUUUCUUGGAGUGAAUCUCUCAAAGGGAAAGCUUUUAAAAAUCCAAUUUGAUUUAACUAAUCCUUCUUUUUGGUGUUAAGAAGGAUACAGGAUACAGUUAGCAGAAACAGAGGGAAACAGCCUAUCUCCAUAUAAAAUGUAAGGGUUAGCCCUCCUACUGGUAAAGCUCACUUAUUAAUAUAUUACAGUAUAUCUAGCUUCUCUACUUAAUACAAAAAAAAGCAUGAAAAGCAAUACAUUUAUUUCAUUGGGUGUUUUUAGCAGGGUAAUAAAAAAAAUGGCUUCAGCUGACCAAUAAUCUGUUUAACAUUUUACAUUUCAGAUCAGGGGCAGGUAAUUCGUUUUUCCAAGGGGGCACAUAAGAAACUGGGACUGUUGUGGAGGGCUGCACAAAUAAGCAGAUAUAAAUUCUGCUCACUAUUACUUCACUAUUACUAUUACUGUACCCCGUCACAACAGUCCCAGUUUCUCAUAUGACCCCCUUGGGAAAAUUAAAUGCCCAACCCCACUUUAGAUAGCCAAAACAAAGAAGAUGUAACAUGUAAUAAGUAAGCUUUACAGUUGCUGUAAGGUGGAUUUUGACAUUCUGCUUCUAAAUAGGUUUUGCUGAGUUUCUGUUUUACUUUUUUGUCCAUAACAUAUUUGGGGGCUCGUCCGGGAUUUGGACCAAAAUUUGAACCUGCAUUUUCCUCAGCAAGAAUUCGGAGCACUUCCACUAUAAAUUAUUAUAUGAAAUAUUAUAUAAAUUAUUCUAAAUCAUUUUAAACUAUCAUUACUAGAAAACUUUCACAGUUGUUAUUUAUAAAUUAUAAGAUAAGAAGUAAAAUUCUUGCUUAAAAAAACAAGUACUGACAAAAACACAU